UUUUUCUUGCUGGAUAACGAUGGCUUUCCCAGAGUUUCAAGCGGAAUACAUUUAGUGUAAUAAUAAACUAUCUCUUCAAGACAGCGACCAUUAUCUAUCUUGAUGGCCUGUCUUGCUCCUCCCAUCCCAUCUGCUCUUGCCUCAUUUCUCUGCUCGUCGCUUCCCUGCGGCUUUGCUGUAGGGCCUUCGCAUCUUUGUGAGGGCAGGCUGGGGCUUUGGUGGGUCGGACGCCCACUGGAUGCUGGGUCCCUGCUGGGGGGAGAUGGGGACAUUGAGUGGACCUCAAAGUAUCAUGCUGAGCCGGAAAUUCACAGUCGAGAUGGUGAACGCACGACAAACCUUGAGUCCAAAACAGAUCAGACCACCAAUACAGAGGAAGAACAGGCAUCGAUGGGGAGAGCAGCCAAUCAAGACACUUUCAUACAAAGAGCCAUCUGGAUCAACUUUGCCUGCCAGGCACGAAGCAGAGCCCAGCAGAACGCGGCAGUUCAGUGUGCAUGUGGUGAUGUGUGUCAGGGCGAGUGUGUGGAUGUGUGUCUACGAGUGUGUCGGGACAUCCAGCCAGGAACAGAGCUGCUGCUGUAUGGUGCCAGUGUGGGAAAAAGCAAGACAAGAGACAUGUCGGAUGUUGCUGGUGACUCCACUGGACAUACAGGAGAUAAGGAGCAGCAAAUAAAAGACUCAGAAGCUACAGCUGCCAGUGUGUCAGUCAAUAAAGAAAAGGAAGAGGUGACAGAUAACAAACAGAAGGAGAAAAUGCAGGAAGAUGAUGAAGAGGAUAAGGAUAGAAACCCCAGAAGAUGCAUCAAGAAGAGUCACCCAAGUUCACAAGGGAGGAAGAGAAACAAGGGAGUCCUGUCUGAGCUGAGUCCAGACACUGACAAACAGCAGGACAACAGCACGGACAGUCUAACAGACAGAUCACCUGGUAUUGACACAGCAACAGGUGGUAGCAAAGAGAGUUUCCCAGCUCCUAUGAACAGUCGGUCACACUCUGCUGAUGGGAUGACAGAUGCCAGAGUCUCCACUGCACCUACUCCUGUCCGCUGCAGCUCCCGUCUGGCUGCUAAACCCCGACGGGUUCACUGUCUGAACAACCGGGUGAAGCGAACCCACGCUCGCCCCAACUCACCCAAACACACAGAGGGACAGAGCCAGAGCUCCACCCAGGAUGAAAGGAUUUCCACAAAGAUACCAGAAGCUGAGACGUCUGCAGCAGCUUGUCCCGAUGGAGUCGUCCAUAAGUGGCAUCCAGAGGCCAGAGAGCGGCGCUACAGGUGUUCCAUAUGUGGUAAAAAGUUCUACCAGAUUGGCCACUUGAAGAAACACCAGUUCAGUCACACUGAUGAGAAGCCCUUCACUUGCCAGCAGUGUGGGAAGAACUACACCUCAGCAGAAAGCUUCAAGGCCCAUCAGAUGAGUCACCGCGGGGAACGUCCCUUCUCCUGUCCCCAUUGUGAGAAGACCUACGGCCUGAAGCGGGACCUGAAGGAACAUAUGGUCCUGCACACAGGAGAAAAACCUUAUGCCUGUGAGCACUGUGGCAAGGCAUUCGCACGGCGCCCGUCCCUACGCAUCCACCGCCUCCUUCACUGCAGCAGAAUGAUUUACACACAGCCUCCUAAGGUGCAGUGUACAGUCUGCCCCAAGCUGCUGGCUAACUCCGGUUCUCUGAGGAACCACAUGAAGCUCCACACAGGGGAAAAGCCUCACAUCUGUCAACACUGCGGGAAGUGCUUUAGUCAGAAAGGGAACCUUGAGUGCCACUUGAGAAUCCACAAUGGAGAGAAGCCGUUUUCCUGCCCAGAAUGCAAUCAGAUGUUCUCCCAGAAACCAGAACUCCGUCGGCACAUGUUCUCCCACACUGGAGGCGGUUUUCUCUGUAGCUACUGUGGAAAAUCACUGAGGGACCCCCACAGCCUUAGGUCCCAUGAGAGAUUGCACACCGGAGAAAGACCUCAUCGCUGCCCUAUCUGUGGAAAAGGCUACACAUUGGCCACCAAGCUGAGGAGGCAUGUGAAGUCGGCUCACACGAAGGAGAAGCCAUACACCUGUCACUGCGGCGCUUCCUACACUGUUAGACAAAGUCUGCUGAGGCACCAAGCUCAGCACAGGACAGAAGGAGGAAUUCACAAGGAGGUCGAAGGAGGACAUGGAGAGGAGAAACACAUCAGAAAGAAAGAGGUUUCGCAAGAUUUAGCAACUUCAGGCUGCAGUCACCCAAAGCCGAUCAGAGGCAGACCCAAGAAGAACUUAAUCCUGCAAGGUGCAGGAGAGAAGGAGGGAAGUGAGGUGAAGCAGAGAAGAUCACAAGAAAAAGGAGAAGAGGAGACAAAUUUGAAGAGAGUUGAUACCUCAGGAGAGGGAGAUAGUGUAGCUAACAUCCAGCAGGCCGUGGUAUAUGUCCACACAGACAACCUGUCAUCACCAAGCUCCACCCCUCUGCUCUUCACCUCAGACGGCUCGCUGUCUGCAGGGACAGAACAGGAGCUGGUGGAGGUGGUGAUAUCAGAAAGCGCGGAGCAGUGCAUUGUAGUGCACGGGCAGCAGGCAGUAGGAGAGCUCCUGAUCUUACAGGAAGAAGGAAAUGGACUCUGCUCUGUUGCUCAGACAGUAGAGAUAAACACAGUGUAGCCUAAAAUCAUGGUUUUUGGACCCUUUGAAGACAUUUUUUAUGAUAAAUAUUUAGCUCUUUCCCUUAACCUACCUUGUCCACAUUUUCCUUGGUUUGGUAUUUUUUGCAUACCCCCUUUGUUGCCUUUAAACAACCUUUACAAAACAGCUGGGAACCAAUUUGAUGGAUUAGUGGCCAUCAAAUGAUACACACUUACUUUCCUGCCUUCCAAAAAGGAAAAAAGCAAAGCAGAAAAGUAAGUGAGUGUGUGCGUGUGCGUGUGCGUGUGCGUGUGCGUGCGUGCGUGCGUGUGUGUGUGUGUGUGUGUGUGUGUGUGUGUGUGUGUGUGUGUGUAGAAGUGGCUCUGUGAGCCUCUUCAGUGAUAGGCUUCUCUUAGGACUGUGGAACAUCAGCAUGCUGUUUGAUUCUGAGUGUCUGACACCAGAUGCUGACAUUUAGUGUUGAUGCACAGCACUUAUGCUGUUAAAUUCCCUUGAAGUCACACUGAAAAUAUCUCAACUUGACAUCGAGCCCUCUGUAUUUACUUGGUUAUUCCGUUGAGUUUAAAGAAACAAAA